CAGUGCUGGUAAACAGUUGUUGCAAAUAUAUUAUUUUUCUCGUGUUAAUUUGUAUUUUGAUAAAAUUGCAUAUUAAUUAAUAAAACUGCUAAUGGCACACCUGCGCGAGAGCUCGGACAAGGCAUUGAAGCUAUUGCGAGCCUUGCCACGAGUACAAAUUGGUAACCUGCGGCCAAAUCCCAACUCUAAACAAAACGACAAACGCGGAAGAGCCCAACAUGGUGGCGAUAAACAUGGUGCCGGAAAUAAGGGCUCUGGCCAACGUCAGAAUUUCAUGCGAUUGGGCUAUGAAACUGGAAAUCAGCCCUUCUACCUGAGAUUCCCCUAUGAGCCCUACUACAAGGGGCAUCACAUGCGCCGUGAAUACCCUCCAAUCUCGCUGCUACAGCUGCAGGUGCUGAUCGACACCAAUCGCAUUGAUAUCAGUCAACCGGUUGACAUUACUACGCUGUGCAAUUCGGGUCUGUUAUCGCUGAAGCCGGCGGAAAUGCAGUACGGUUUUCAGCUGACGGAUGAUGGUUUAGAUAAUUUCAAAGCUAAGAUCAACAUUGAAGUGCAGCAUGCGAGUGAGGCGGUCAUAGCCGCUGUCGAGCGCAAUGGUGGCGUCAUACGCACUGCCUACUACGAUCCACGCAGCCUGCAUAUUGUGGCCAAUCCUAAGAAGUGGUUUGAGAAGGGCGUGCCCAUUCCCCAGCGCAUGUUGCCUCCACAAGAUGCUGUGGAGUACUACACAGAUGCCAAGAACCGUGGCUAUUUGGCCAACCCUGAGGAAAUAAGCAAGGAACGCCUGGUGCUGGCGCAAAAAUACGGCUACGAAUUGCCGCGCAUUGAGGAUGAUGCUGAUUAUGAAAUGCUGACAGCUGCCAAGGAUGCGCGACAGUUGUUCCAUGGCCUAGAGCCCGGCUGGUUAAUCAACUUGGUAGAUAAAACAAUAGUUAAACUCAAGAAAACAUAAACGAAUUCAAUUUCAAUUUUGUCUUUGUUACUACGCUUUGUUAAAUAAAGAAAUGUAUUGUAAAUGGGACUAUGAUUACAUAGA